UCCCUGUGUUGGUGGAGACCGUCUGGAGCAGCAUUUAAAUCCUGGGAGGGCCUGGCUGUGAGCAGCGAGGAGAGGAGGCCAGCAGUGCAGCAUCAUCUCGGACUGACUCUUCUCAGCCAGCCACAGGGAAAAUCGCUACCAUGAGAAUUGCUGUGAUUUGCUUAUGCCUCUUAGGCAUCGCCUAUGCCCUUCCAGUUCAACAGGCUAAUUCUGGCAGCUCUGAGGAGAAGCUGCUUUACAACAAAUCCCCAGAUGCUGUAGGCACAUGGCUCAAGCCUGAUCCGUCUCAGAAGCAGACUCUCCUAGCACCACAGACCGUGUCCUCUGAAGAAACUGACGACCUCAAACAAGAGACCCUGCCAAGUAAGUCCAAUGAAAGCCCUGACCACACAGACGAUGUGGAUGACGAUGAUGAUGGAGAUCAUGUGGAUAGCCAGGACUCCAUUGACUCAGAUGACUCAGAUGAAACUGAUCCUACUGAUGACCCUGACCAGUCUGAAGAGUCUCACCAUUCUGAUGAAUCUGAUGAACUGGUCACUGAUUUUCCCACUGACCUUCCAGCAACCCCAGUUUUCACACCAGCUGUCCCCACAAGUGACACAUAUGAUGGCCGAGGUGAUAGUGUGGGCUAUGGCCCGAGGUCGAAAUCUAAGAAGGUCCGCAGAUCUGAAGUCCAGUAUCCUGAUGCUACAGAAGAGGACCUCACAUCACAUGUGAAAAGCAAGGAGGUAGGUGGUGUACACAAGGCCAUCCUUGUUGCCCAGGGCCUGCAUGUGGCUUCUGAUUGGGACAGCCGUGGGAAGGACAGUCUGGAAACAAGUCAGCUGGAUGACCACAGUGUGGAAACCCACAGCCUCGAGCACUCCAAAGAAUAUAAGCUGAAGGCAAACGAUGAGACCAGCGAGCAUUCCGAUGUGAUUGAUAGUCAUGAAAAUUCCAAAUUCAGCCAUGAACGCCACAGCCAAGAAUUUCAUAGCCGUGAAGACAAGCUAGUCCUAGACCGUAAGAGCGAGGAAGAAGAUAAAUACCUGAAAUUUCGCGUUUCUCAUGAAUUAGAUAGUGCAUCUUCUGAGGUCAAUUAAAAGGAGAAAAAUACAGGUUCUUACUUUUGCUUUUAGAAAAAUCCUAGCGGGGUGGGAGAUAAUAUGAAAUGCUUAUUUCUCAGCUUAGCUGGUGAAUGUAUAAGUAUGUGGAUCUGGAAAUAGAUAACGUUUUUGAUCAUUAGUUUAGUGUAUGGCUUUAUGGUAACACUCUUGUAAACUAAAAGCUUCAGGGUUUGGUCUAUGUUCUUUCCAUGUAAGAAAUGCAAACUAUCACUGCAUUUUAAUGUUUGCUCUUCUUUUACGAAUAGAAAUCUUAUGUAGAAGCAAACAAAAUACUUUUUGUAUGAGUAAACAAAAUACUUUUACACACUUAAAAGAGAAAAUAUUAAAUUUUAUGUCCCUAUAAUCUUUUAUUUCUUUAAUUAGUGUAUAUUUGGUUGUGAUUAUUUUUGUUGGUGUGAAUAAAUCUUAUAUCUCAAAUGUAA